AUGGACGAAUUAUUUGCUCUUUAAUAACAAUUAGCAGAAAUAUAGGAGACAUCAACAAAAUAUAGAUUAUCUGAUAGAAUCAUAAUUGAUCUGAUUGAAAAACUAGUUAAAGAAUAUGACUUAAAGGUUUAUCAUUCAACAGAUGGUCAAAGUUUGGUGACUCCUAAUUAGUUGUCAAAAGAGAUUCAUCAAUUAAUUUUAUUAAACAAGAGAGUGGCAGUGAAUCAAUUACCUGAUAUCUUGGGCAUAGGAUUUGACAAAAUUGAAGGAUAAAUAGAGAAGGAUAGCAAUGGUUGGGUAAUUUUAAUAUUAAAUAUCGAAAACAGGAUGUUGUCAGAAUGCAAGAUGAAAUGAUGUCUCAUGAUUAUAUUCUAAAUGUUUGCGAAGAAAUAAACGAGGAGUUGCAAUAAAAAUCAAUUAUUUCUUUAUAAGAAAGUACAGAUCAUCCAUAUUUAUAAUAGUAAUGCAGAAAUAUGCCCUUCCAAUGUAAUUUGUAUAAAAAUAUGUACUUUAAUAAGUGGGGACAGUCAUUUAGGGAGUGCUUAAUGAAGACAAAUUGACGACUGUGACUUACCUUGAAAUAAUUACAGCCAAACUUUGUGGCAUAUUAAGAGCAACCUUGAGUCCUAUCUCUUUUAUGAAAUUGAAUAAAGACUUAGAAAUUCAAAACUCUUAAAAAAUUUGUGAAUAGUUAUUGCUUACCAAAUAGCUGGAUGGUAAGAUCAUAUCAGGCUAAUAUGUGAGUUCAAAAUUUGUUCAGAAUCAGGAGGCUUAAGUGAAAUCAUUUUUUGAGUAAAAUUCUUAUGUCGAAUAUGACAAACUUUAUUCAUAGUUUUUCAUUCAAAAACCAAAGGAAUAUCUAAAAUAGAUGUUUAAAGANUUAGUCUAAAUUAGGCAUAAUAUAUUAACGGUUCAAAAGACACAGUAUCACUGGAAAUAAUUAAAUAAAUAGAAUUGA